AUGGUAGCCAAAUCAAAGGCGUCAACUGUUGGACAAGGCGAUGCCAAGGCGAUUGCGGCUGCGACCGCAGCGGCAGCUUCGGCUAACGCAGUGCGGGUAGAGGAAGAGCAGGCCGUGGACGAAAACGACGAGACCGUCAAGACUGGCACCUUUUCGUUCAGCGACGGCAGCAAGUACAAGGGAGAAUACUGUGUCAGCGGCGGCAAAGUUGCUCGAAAAGGACACGGAAACUUCUGGACGGGAGCCGAGAGAUACGACGGUGAAUGGCUCCAUGACCAAAUGCACGGUCGUGGUGUAUACAGCUUUGCAACGGGUGCAAUUUACGACGGGGAGUUCCAGAACAACCAGUUCCAUGGCGUAGGGAGCUACCGUUGGGGCGACGGAGCGCAUUACGAAGGCGGAUGGUACUUCAACCGAAUGCAUGGAGAAGGUUUGUAUGUGGACAAAGACGGUGUGGAAUGGCGUGGCCGCUUCGUGAACGGCAAGUAUGACAAUGGUCGCAUUUUUCACACAUUGAGAUGA